AUGUUCUCCUUGACUCCUUGCGUCUCCACGUGGUUCGAGCACAUCAGCAUGCUGGUCAUCCUACUGAACUGUGUGACGCUGGGCAUGUACCAGCCCUGUGAAGACAUGAAGUGCGAGUCUAAGUGGUGCAUCACCCUGCAGGUGUUAGACGACUGCAUCUUCGCCUUCUUCGCCAUAGAGAUGUUCAUUAAGAUGGUGGCCCUGGGGAUCUGGGGAUCCAAGUGUUAUCUGGGCGACACAUGGAACCGCCUGGACUUCUUCAUCGUGAUGGCAGGGAUGAUGGAGUACUCACUGGACGGUCACAACGCCAGCCUGUCAGCCAUCCGGACUGUGCGAGUGCUCCGGCCCCUCCGAGCCAUUAACAGAGUCCCCAGUAUGAGGAUACUGGUGACUCUUCUCCUCGAUACUCUGCCUAUGUUAGGCAACGUCCUUCUCCUGUGCUUUUUUGUCUUCUUUAUUUUCGGCAUUGUCGGGGUGCAACUGUGGAACGGGCUGCUGAGGAACAGGUGUUUUAUGGAAGAGGAUACCAUAAAGGCCAUGUCUAAUCUAUCCUUCACGAGCUCCUUCUACAUGGAUAAGGAGGACGAGGAUGGCCCCUUCAUCUGCUCCUCGCCGAAAGAGAACGGCAGGCGCCACUGCAACGAAGUGCCCCCCUCCAAGGAGGGCAACGUGACGUGCAUGCUGGAGGCACCGCUCUACGGCUACGCCCACCAUGUUGUGAGCGCGGGCAGCAGGAACGUCUGCAUCAACUGGAACCAGUACUACAACGUGUGCCACACCGGGGACUUCAACCCGCACAACGGGGCAGUGAACUUUGACAACAUUGGCUAUGCUUGGAUUGCUAUUUUCCAGGUGAUCACUCUGGAAGGAUGGGUGGACAUCAUGUAUUAUGUUAUGGAUGCACACUCCUUUUACAAUUUUAUAUAUUUCAUACUGCUCAUUAUAGUGGGCUCCUUCUUCAUGAUAAACUUGUGCCUGGUUGUGAUAGCAACCCAGUUCUCCGAGACGAAGCAGCGGGAGAACGAGGCGAUGCUGCUCCAGCGGGCGCGCUACCUCUCCAACGACAGCACGCUGGCCAGCUACACCGAGCCGGGCAGCUGCUACGAGGAGUUGCUCCGGUACAUCAGCCACCUGUACCGCAAGGUCAAGCGCCGGAGCCUGCGCAUCUACAACAACUGGCAGAGCAAGCGCCGCAAAAAAGUCAACCCCAACAGCGGCUGCGGUGCCGCUGGCGGACUGGGCGGGGGGAGUGGUGGGGGUGGGAGCGGGGGCGGUCUGGGUGGCGGGGGAGGCCUGAACGGGCACGGCAGGCCGCGGGAGUGCGGGUACUGGCUCAAGGCCGUGCGCAAUCUCAUCCAGCACCAUCAGCACCACCACUGCAACCUGAGCAACGGCAGCCCCUACGGUCAGCAGCGGCAGCAGCAGGGGAUGUCGGACACAUCAGGGCCGGGCGAGGCCGUGGAGAUGAACACCCUCCACGUCACCCCCCGGCCCCCUGGUGGGCACACGCAGACGGUGCACAGUGUCUACCAAGGGGACUUCCAGGAGGGCACGCGCAUCCCCAGCCCGACCCCUGGCGCCACAGCCAAUGCGCCACAGCUGGGGAGGCUGAACGGGGGAAUGAACUAUCCCACCAUCCUCCCCUCCUUCGCCAGCAACCACAGGGGCAACGCGCCCCUGAGCAACGUACCCAUGGGCAACAGCAGGGGGGAGAUCAACGCCGACUCGGUGGACUUGGCCGACCCCAUGGAGAGGCUGCAGCAGUUGACGGGGGAACCAAGUCAUGAAGGUCAGCACCGUUUGCUGCUGCAGAUGGUGGGAGUGGUGCCCAGCCCUCUGCUCUUCCAGCUGGUCAGCUGCCUGUACUGCUCGCGCGUGAUGGAGGGCAUGGAGCAGGAGUUCGCCGAGUCGGAGAGCGCCAAGACGGAGGCCGACACCGUGCACGAGUUCUCCCACGGCGCCGACGGGAGGAGGGGCCGCCGGCACCGGCGCCCCAAGACGAUCGUGGGCCGCAACUGCUUGGUUCAGGCCUGGGAGGACCUGGGGAACCGGCUGAACUGCAUCGUGGACAGCAAAUACUUCAACCGCGGGAUCAUGAUCGCCAUCCUCAUCAACACACUGAGCAUGGGCAUCGAAUACCACGAGCAGCCUGAUGCGCUUACAGACAUCCUGGAGAUCAGCAACAUCGUUUUCACCAGCAUGUUCGUCCUGGAGAUGCUCUUCAAACUCCUAGCCUUUGGCUUCUUCGGCUACAUCAAGAACCCCUACAACAUCUUUGAUGGGAUCAUUGUUGUCAUCAGUGUGUGGGAGAUCAUCGGGCAGGCGGACGGGGGUCUGUCGGUGCUGCGGACGUUCCGUCUGCUGCGCGUGCUGAAGCUUGUGCGCUUCCUGCCGGCCCUGCGCAGACAGCUGGUGGUGCUGAUGAAGACCAUGGACAACGUGGCCACCUUCUGCAUGCUCCUCAUGCUCUUCAUCUUCACCUUCAGUAUUCUUGGAAUGCAUCUGUUUGGAUGCAAGUUCAGCCAGGUCACGGAGAACGGGGACACCAUUCCGGACCGGAAGAACUUUGACUCUCUGCUGUGGGCCAUUGUCACUGUGUUUCAGAUUCUGACCCAAGAGGACUGGAAUGUCGUGCUGUAUAACGGCAUGGCCUCCACCACGCCCUGGGCGGCUCUCUACUUUGUGGCCCUGAUGACCUUUGGGAACUACGUCCUGUUCAAUCUGCUGGUGGCCAUCCUUGUGGAAGGCUUUCAAGCUGAGGGAGAUGCUUGUGAGAAGUCAGAGGCCGAUGACGAGAAGGGCUCUUCGAAUUUCGAGGAGGAGGAGAGAGUGGGAGAGCUGCGUGACAGAGAGCUGAGGAUGCUGAUGAUGUCUGCCAAUGGCCACGUGGACCCCAGAGGCUCGCUGGCACCACCCAUCAUCAUGCGCACGGCGGCCACGCCCAUGCCCACGCCCAAAGGCUCCCUGGGGCCUGAGUCCAUGCUGGGGUUCGGGGACUCCCGUCGAGGGAGCAACGUGUCCAUAGACCCCAAUGCGUACGACCAGAGGUCCCUGAGCAGCCCCCGGAGGUCCCCCUGCCACCCACGCGGGCCGGGCAGUAACUGGGGCAGCCGCAGGUCCAGUUGGAACAGCCUGAGCCGCGCCCCGAGCCUCAAGAGGAAGGACACGUCCGGGGAGCGGGAGUCGCUCCUCGCGGGGGUAGGCAGGGGGAGCUUCGAGGACGACGAGUCUGAGGGAGAGGGAGCCGGGAGGGCGGGGAGCGUUGCCGGGGGUCCCGUCCAGAGCCCUGGGUCUCUGGACUUCCCAGAUAUCCAGCUGGGGUCGGGCCAAUACCAGUCGGGGGAGUACCAUGACUGCAACGGGCGCGUGAUGCACAUCCCUCCCAGCGCCGGCUCCGAUCUGACCAGGGAGGACUCCAACACCGACGAGGACCUGGAGGAAGGCUACUGCUACCGAAUAAAGAAAGCUCUGGAGUCCUAUAAGCCUCAGUGGUGCGUUGAUCACGAGGACUGGGCACUGUACAUCUUCUCCCCUGAAAACAAGCUUCGGAAGGCUUGUCAGAGAGUGAUCCAGCACAGGCUGUUCGACCACGUGGUGCUGGUGUUCAUCUUCCUUAACUGUAUCACCAUCGCUUUGGAGCAUCCCAACCUCGAUGCCCAAUCCACGGAACGGUGGUUUCUGUCUAUCUCCAAUUACGUUUUCACUGUGAUCUUCAUUGCUGAAAUGGCUGUGAAGGUGGUGGCUCUUGGUUUCUACUCAGGAAAAGACACCUAUCUCCAGAGCACCUGGAAUGUGUUGGACGGCAUACUGGUCUUCGUGUCCCUUGUCGACAUCGUGGUGUCCCUGUCCUCUGGCGGGAACCGCAUCCUGGGAAUCCUGCGAGUGCUCCGUCUCCUGAGGACGCUGCGGCCACUCAGGCUAAUCAGUCGAGCUCCAGGCCUGAAACUGGUGGUAGAGACCCUGUUCUCAUCAUUGCGACCUAUCGGAAACAUCGUAUUGAUCUGCUGCGCAUUCUUCAUCGUCUUUGGCAUUCUGGGAGUUCAGCUUUUCAAGGGGAAGUUUUUCCACUGCGAUGGACCGGACAUUAAAAACAUCACAACCAGGCUUGAGUGCGAAAACAAUAAAUAUCGAUGGACACGGAAGAAGUACAACUUUGAUAACUUAGGCCAGGCUCUCAUGUCCCUGUUUGUGUUGUCCUGUAAAGACGGCUGGGUGGACAUCAUGUACGACGGCCUGGAUGCUGUUGGAGUGAACCAACAGCCGGUGCGUAAUCACAACCCGUGGAUGCUGCUCUACUUCAUCUCCUUCCUGCUGAUUGUCAGCUUCUUCGUGCUCAACAUGUUCGUGGGCGUGGUGGUGGAGAACUUCCACAAGUGCCGGCAGGACCAGGAGGAGGCAGAGAAUGCACUGAGGGAGGAGAAGAGGCAGAGGGUCAUGGAGAAAAAGCGCAGGAAGGCUCAGCAGAAGCCCUACUAUGACGACUACUCGCCCCUCCGCCUCUCCAUCCACACACUGUGCAACAACAACUACCUGGACCUGUUCAUCACCUGCAUCAUCGGCAUCAACGUGAUCACCAUGUCCAUGGAACACUACCGACAGCCUAAGUACCUUGACAAGGGUCUGGCGUACUGCAACUACGUCUUCACGGUCUUCUUCGUCAUCGAGGCCCUGCUCAAACUCGUCGCUUUCGGCCUCCGGCGGUUCUUUAAAGACAGAUGGAAUCAGCUGGACCUGGCCAUUGUCCUGCUCUCCAUCGUUGGGAUAAUCCUGGAGGAGUUAAAGAUGAACUCCGUGCUUCCCAUCAACCCCACAAUAAUACGCAUCAUGAGAGUCCUGAGGAUCGCCCGAGUGCUGAAACUGUUAAAGAUGGCCACAGGCAUGAGGGCUCUGCUGGAUACUGUGAUGCAGGCUUUACCUCAGGUGGGGAAUCUGGGCCUCCUCUUCAUGCUGCUCUUCUUCAUUUAUGCAGCGCUCGGAGUGGAGCUGUUCGGAAAACUGGAAUGCACGGAUGACAACCCCUGCGAAGGCCUGAACAGAUACGCCACAUUUUCUAACUUCGGCAUGGCCUUCCUGACUCUCUUCAGAGUGUCUACAGGAGACAAUUGGAAUGGUAUAAUGAAGGACACACUAAGGGAAUGCAAGGCUGAGAAGAACGACUGUCUGAGCUACCUGCCCCUGGUGUCGCCCAUCUACUUUGUGACGUUCGUGCUGAUGGCCCAGUUUGUCCUGGUCAACGUGGUGGUGGCCGUCCUGAUGAAACACCUGGAGGAGAGCAACUUGGAGGCCAAGAUGGAGGCCAAGAUGGACGAGCAGAUCGAGCAGGAGAUGGAGAUGCAGAGGCGCCAGAGCCACGUCUCAGCCAGCUGGCCCACGCCUGACUCACCUGGACAGGAUGAGGUGUUGCAAAGUGCAGAAGAGAAUCCACAGUCUCCGCGGAAACUGUCUGUGGCCAGAAUGCACUCCCUGACUAACGACAGCUACAUGUUCCGCCCAGUUAGACCAGCCAGUGCUCCGUACCCAAGCCAGGAUGAUGGGCCUCGCCAUGGCUACGUCCAGUCAGGCUCUGUUACGUCAGUGCACUCCCAGCCGUGUGAGGGCCACUCUCAGCUCCAGGUGCCGGGGGUCCCCCCUCUGACUCUGCCCAGGAUCCCCCCACCCAAACCCUCCCCCUUCAAGUCUCUGCGCAGACAGGAGGCCGUAAAGAACGACUCUAUGACAUGCAGAGCGGCGAGGCCAAAGGCAGCCUGGACAGACAGGGCUCCGCCGGGCCUUACGACCUCCCGGUGCCCCACGUCCCCAACUCCAGCAGCCCCCAGGCCUCGCCACUGCUGCCACCGCGCGACCGCUCGGGGCUGUACGGGCAGCCCGGCGACCCACGGCAGCAAGCGCCUAGCCUGGCCAGCAGCAGCAGCAACAGCAACAGCAGCCCCAGCGGCUCAAUGUUUGACUCGACCGACCCCACGGACGAGGAGGUGCGUUACAUCAACAGCACCGUUAAACUGUGGUCGGGGGGGGCGGCAGUAGCGGCGGCAGGGGGGGGCGAGGAGGCACGCAGCCACUCGCUCUCGCCCUACGCCGCCGCUGCGGACUCCUCCCUCCAGCUGGCCAAGAACUGUGGCAGCGCGACCAGCCUGGUGGCCCUCAGGGACAAGGACCUGAA